UCCUGUUCAAUUUCUGGCAAGAGAUCCUUUGCUCCUCUCGCAUCAAUGAAUGUGUUGCUGCAGCAACUGCACGUAAGUUUCCGACCAUGUUUAUCGCAUCCUGGCCUCCUGGAAGGUGCACGGAACACGCUCCGAGACCGUCUCUCAGUUGUCAAUCAUGACAGAUUUCCUCGCUACGGUCCGGUAGGAUGCGCGGCGUUCGAACACCUCCUUACUGUUGAUCCGGGUACCUUCUCCUCGAUUUCUAUGUGUCCCAGCUGUCUCGCUCCUGAUUCAUCUCGUACUCACAUCCCCAUUCUCAGCGUUGCAUUUAGCAUUUAUCCAUUUCACUGGGACGACGUCAAUCCACGCCCCUCAGUACAGAGUACGUCUCAAUGCAUGCUCACUACCGCUGUCACCGUGACACAACUCGUACGCUCAUCAUCCAUCAGCCCCCUCCUCUAUUUGCCCUUGAGAUCCAGCCAAAUUCUCUUCCCGGACAGCCGCUGAUAGACAUAGAGACAGUGUGCAUGAUUCCUACUGAUUCUGGACCCGCGCGCUACCGUUUGGCAGGUGUGGUGUACGCGGGAGAUUUUCACUUCACCUGCCGUGUUGUUACAGGUGCUGACAAAGUCUGGCGCCAUGACGGGCGAGCAACAGGUCGAUCGUGUGAACUGGAAUUUCCCAACCCCCUGCUGUUGAUCUCCUACAUGAACGUGGGCGAGUUGCUACCAUAGUCGUGUACGUUCUGGAUACAUAAGCUAACACAGCUGUGCCCGUUAAUACAUCCUUCUUUUUCCC